CUUGAUGCACAAGUGCCGCAGCCGGGUGAACCGUUAUUGUCACUUUGUGCGCAGCCAGAACAACCGUCUGAGCGUUUUGGGUUGUUUUUUUUGGUUUUGUUUUUUUUUGCUGGAGAUAAAUACAAAAGCCAGUGACAUCCAGCCGACAUGGGGAAGGUGGAAGGAGGAAUGAAAUGCGUGAAAUACCUUUUGUUCGUGUUCAACUUCAUCUUCUGGUUGAUGGGAUCCUUUGUUCUGGCAGUGGGGCUGUGGCUGCGUUUUGACCCAGAAACCGUCUCCCUGCUCAGUGGCGAUAAGGCUCCAGAUACCUUCUUUAUUGGUGUGUACAUACUAAUUGGUGCUGGCAGUCUGGUGAUGUUAGUCGGCUUCUUUGGCUGCUGUGGAGCUGUUAGAGAAUCUCAAUGUCUGCUGGGUUCAUUCUUUGCCUGCCUGCUGAUCAUCUUUGGUUCCGAGGUGGCAGCAGGGGUAUUUGGAUUCCUAAACAAAGACAAGAUAAUCGAAGAUGUCCAGAACUUCUACACAAAGACCUACAAUGAAAACAGCAACGGCACAUUGAUCAUGUCUUACCAGAAAGUACUGAACUGUUGUGGAACCGUGGCGAGUCCGUGCCCUGAUCUCGAGCCAGAUACCACGGACUGUGAGAAGGGCAUCAAAGAGUUCUUCAACAGUAAGCUCUACAUCAUUGGAUACGUGGGAAUUGGCAUCGCUGGAGUCAUGAUCAUUGGGAUGAUUUUCAGUAUGGUGCUCUGCUGUGCCAUUCGCAACAGCAGGGAGGUCAUCUAAGCUUUAUCCUUCACUUCCUCCUGUGUCCAGCCCCUGUACAGCACUUCAGCUCAAAUGUCAGCUCCUAUCCAUCAUCCACGCAGGGACCCAGGAAACAGAACACGUUCAAAAAAAUUCCUUUUCACUAUGGUGCUCACACCCUCUCUCCUGGCCUGAUCCUCCAAUAUUUUCUUCCUAGAAUCAUUCUUUAUCUAUGUCCAGUCACAAGUUAAGUAGUGCAAUCUACCUUUUAUAGCAUUCUGAUAAGACUGUCGCAUAUCAAGUGGGAAUAGUCUCUAAUUACCUGACAGUUUGUCAAAUAGUUUUCCCUCAUGGCCAUUUGGCCACCGCUACAAAUUUUGACCCACAUACUGUCACAGUAGUGUCAAUGCUUUUUCACAUAGCCUUGACACUGACCUCUUGCCUGUGGGAAACUAAAGCCCGAGAGAGCAAUCUGAGGCCAAAGCAGCUGAGUUUGCUUAUUUGAACACACAAGAAUGAAAACACACACAUAGACGUGCACGGACAUACAAACACAGCAAUGUUGUGUUACAUGAGACCGCAGCCUUAAAAAAGGUUUUUCUGGCUCCUGGAAGCGAGUCCUGAUUGGUGGAAUCAGAGGACAGGAGUGUCAAGAGAGGGAAUGACUGGUGAAUGUUUCAAAUGCAUCCAUCAUGUAACCCCAGCACUUUUACUAACACACACACACACACUAUACACACACUCUUGGAACCGCUCAGACCGCACAGGUUGCUCUCUACAACGAAAAUCCAGUUGUUGUAAAGGAAUAGUUUGACUUUUUGUUGCUUUAUAUUUAUUAUACAGGCAUGAGAGCAUGACGAAAAAGUAAGUAGGCAUUUUUCCCAAAAUGUCAAAGAGUUUCUUUCAACAACUAUACCACUGGCUCGCAUGUUCUAAUGUGACAUGAUUUGCAGAUAUAAAAAAAUAAAUUACAGAUAGGAUUCCCUUUUUCGCUACUCGUCUGUUAGGCUGUGUGAUCCAGUGUCAUGAACACCCCUGCCUACUCUUUCUUUGAUUAUGUAUACGCUCUCUUACAUAAGAAAGUACACUUGGUGUCUGCCAACUGUAUAGAAGACCCAGAUCAUGUGGCCAUGUUUACAGGCUAAACUUAUACUGGCCGGUCAAUUGAGAGCAGCGAACUUUGGAUUCCCAUGUUCGGCCUUUGACCUCUUCCCACUAUCAUCUUUUUUUCCCCCCCUCUGUGCCUUAAAAGUACACCUCCCAUACCAAGAUCCAGUAAAAUGGUUCCUCUUAUUUCAUCAACCUCAGAAAACCUAGGAUCACUUAAUUUAUCCAUGUCAAAUCAGGCCACUGUAAAUUUGUUUGUUCCAAGUGUCAGGACUCCAGUGUGUAAAUAUGUGUGGAUUUUUUUUAGUUUUUUUUUUGUAGUUGUACAUUAUUUGUGGCUGAUGUGUUAGUUACUAUUUAACAAGCUGUGUGUAGACAGAUGUUUGCAGUAGUUUGUACAGUGUUGUAGUCUUGACAGUGUUUGCAAAUGUGGUCAAAGCAAAUCCACACGGAUAAAACAGCUUCUUAACGUGCCUUUCUUUGAUAACAAGCUAUUCUGUGAGCUGCAGGCUGUCUGAGCGUAGCAAAUAAAUGUAGCAAAAAGUGUACAUAUGUUUGUAGAGUUGGACUGCAAUGAACUGUCACAGACGUUCAGUGAGUAGCACAUAUUAGCUCGUCUCGCCGCUGUUGUUUCGCCGUGUCACUUGACUGUCUUGCGUAAAGCAACAAUUAGCUUGCCAACUAUUUCAAAAGCCUUUUGGUACAAAGAAAGUCUCCUCUGAGGACUCUGAACAAUCAUGUUAAUGUUAAGUUCAAAUGAUCACGCUAUAUUUGAUGUAAGCACUGGUCAAUUUUGCUUUUUUAUGAGUUUUUUUUUGUUUGUUUCUUUUUUUGUUUUUGUUUUUUUUUUUCACUUCAGUGUAAUGUGACACAAGUGAGGAGACAACAAAAGCUUCCUUACCACUUUGGGAUGCCAGUAGGCAGUGUUUACUCUGAAGCGACACUGAAGAGUCACUAGACUGUCACUUCAGAGGCUCAGCGGAGUUUAAACAGUUUACUCCUACUCAAUCCUCGAAGCUGUUGCUGCGUUCCUCAGUUACGUUUGUUCAAGCAAAUCUGGAGACGAAACACGCUCCGCACCUAAAAAAAAAAGCACAGUCGAGCCUUUCAUAGAUGAUUGUGUGUUAAUUUAUUUUCAUACCAUUCCAGGCUUCUCAGGAAUAUGGGUGUUUGAAGUUCAAAUAAAGGUUUUAAGGUUUUACAGAC